AUGUCUAAACAGUGGGCUGGUAAAGACGGUGCUUUCAAGAGACAGCAGUCGUCGUUCAAAGAGAUCGUUUCCCCCUCGCACCCGGUGUACAAACCCGAAAUGGGCAGGUACUGGCUGUACGUCUCGCUGGCGUGUCCCUGGGCACACAGAACACUGAUCACUAGGGCGAUCAAGGGGCUCACCAACGUCAUUGGUGUCACCGUUGUGCACUGGCACCUGGACGAAAAGGGGUGGAGACUGCUUACAAGCAACGAGUCCCUAGGUGUCAAGGCGUACACUCUGGCAGGUGGCAUCUCUACCUCCAAGGAGGACCGCUCGUACGCCGUCGGUGCUAUCCCCAACAACUCCGCGCGUCUGUUCGUCGACUCGACGUUUGACCCGAACAACGGGUUUGACAGACUCUCGCAGCUUUACUACAAGAGCGACCCGGAGUACAACGCCAGGUUCACCGUCCCUGUCCUAUGGGAUAAGAAGACCAACACCAUCGUAAACAACGAGUCUGCUUCUAUCAUCCGUAUGUUCAACUCCGGUGUCUUUGACGAGUUCGCAGGCAGUGACGCGACAGGGUACGAUUUGACCCCAAAGAGCCUCACCCCACAGAUCGACGAGUUCAACGGGUGGGUGUACGAUAACAUCAACAACGGGGUGUACAAGGCCGGGUUCGCAGAGUCCGCAGAGGUGUACGAGAAGGAGGUCACGAACGUUUUCGAAAACUUGGACAAAGUCGAGAAGAUUUUGGCUGACAAGUACGCCAAGCUUGAGGCUGAUUUGGGCAAGGACGCCCGCGACAAGAUCCUGCAGCGGUUCUUCACCGUCGGCGAACAACUCACCGAGGCAGACGUCAGACUGUACACCACCAUCAUCAGGUUCGACCCGGUCUACGUCCAGCACUUCAAGUGCAACUUCACCACCAUCAGGGACGGGUACCCUUACAUCCACCUGUGGCUCAGAAACCUGUACUGGAACUUCGACUCGUUCAAGGAGACUACAAACUUCGAACACAUCAAGCUCCACUACACAAGAUCGCACACAAGAAUCAACUUCUUGGGCAUCACCCCUCUAGGCCCAAAGCCAGACAUCAGACCCUUAUGA